UUAGAGACACUAAUUGAAGUUCAACAGUUGAUUACUUUCAGAAAAUUCCCCGACGAUAAAAUCUACCUCAAGCUCAUGGAUCUCACGCUCAACUGUUCAUCACCAUUCCACUCUCCACAAGCGUGAGAUACUCUGAUAAUUCCGCUAUUUUUGGUUGGAUUUUCACGUGAUAAGUUGUUAGUUCAGGACGCAAUUCAUUGUCCGUUGGAUGGUUGCCUCUUUUGGUUGGGCAAGUUGGUGGCGGCGAAUCGGAGAGAAGAAAGGGAGAUUAGUAGCGUAUAGUGUUGGUUUUCCCGCAGCAGGAGUUUAAGAAUCUUCUCUGGCUUGAUUCGAGCAAUCCGAAGGCUGUCUGGUUCAUCUUCUUCUUCGGUAUUUCUGAUUCUCCCAGAUUUUGGCGUGCGGAGGGCUGUGGAGGGUUGCUUUGGAGAAUAAUAGCGAGAAAUAAACUCGCCUGCGGAGCCAUAGGAAAAUGGCUAAUUUAAAGGAUAUUGGGGUUUCUGCAGCUUUCAAUAUUAUCAGUGCAUUCAUCUUUCUUUUGGUUUUUGCCGUCUUGAGGCUUCAGCCUCUCAAUGAUAGGGUGUACUUUUCAAAGUGGUAUUUGAAGGGUUUAAGGAGCAGUCCAGCACACGCAGGUGCCUUUGUACGUAGGUUUGUCAACUUGGACUUCAGGUCAUAUCUAAAGUUUUUGAAUUGGAUGCCGGAAGCUAUCAGAAUGCCAGAACCUGAGCUUAUUGACCAUGCAGGAUUGGAUUCUGCUGUGUACUUGCGGAUAUACUUGAUAGGGCUUAAGAUCUUUGUCCCUAUAGCAUUCCUUGCAUGGGCUGUACUGGUGCCAGUUAAUUAUACUGAUGAUAAUCUGGAUAUUGCUAAAGACACGGCAAAUGUGACUGCUAGUGAUAUCGAUAAGCUUUCAAUAUCAAACAUCCCUGCUAAAUCACAAAGGUUUUGGAGUCAUAUAGUGAUGGCGUAUGCAUUUACCAUCUGGACAUGCUAUAUACUCAUGAAGGAGUAUGAGAAGGUUGCCUCACUGAGAUUGCAAUUUCUUGCAUCAGAAAAACGCCGUCCAGAUCAGUUUACAGUCCUUGUAAGAAAUGUCCCACCAGAUCCGGAUGAAACAGUUAGUGAGCUUGUUGAGCACUUUUUCUUAGUGAACCAUCCAGAUAACUAUCUUACUCAUCAGGUGGUAUAUGAUGCAAACAAGCUAGCCAAACUGGUUAAGAAGAAGAAAAAGGCGCAGAACUGGCUUGAUUUUUACCAACUCAAGUAUUCAAGAGACUCUACAAUUAGGCCUCUUAUGAAGACUGGUUUUCUUGGACUUUGGGGAAAGAAAGUGGACGCGAUUGAUUUUCAGACAUUAGAGAUUGAGAAGCUGUCCACAGAAAUAGCCUCGGAGAGAAAAAGGAUUGCCAAUGAUCCAAAAUCUAUAAUGCCAGCAGCAUUUGUUUCAUUUAAGUCGCGUUGGGGUGCAGCUGUUUGUGCACAAACUCAGCAAUCUAGAAAUCCAACUAUCUGGUUGACAGAAUGGGCUCCAGAGCCACGUGAUGUAUAUUGGGAAAAUCUAGCAGUCCCAUAUGUUUCACUUACUGUUAAAAGGCUAAUCAUGGGCGUUGCAUUCUUCUUUCUUACUUUCUUCUUCAUGAUUCCCAUAUCAAUAGUACAGUCUCUUGCGAGCAUUGAGGGGAUUGAGAAGAUGGCACCAUUCCUGAAACCCAUUAUUGAAAGGUCCUUUAUUAAGUCAUUUGUCCAAGGUUUUCUUCCAGGAAUUGUGUUGAAGAUUUUUCUCAUUUUUUUGCCUACAAUAUUGAUGAUAAUGGCUAAAUUUGAAGGGUUUACAUCUUUGUCAUCUCUGGAAAGGAGAGCAGCAGCUCGUUAUUACAUUUUCAACUUCGUGAAUGUAUUCCUUGGCAGUGUAAUUGCAGGAGCUGCUUUUGAACAGCUGAGCUCUUUUCUUAAGCAGUCUGCGGAUCAAAUUCCUAAGACAAUUGGUGUAGCGAUUCCAAUGAAAGCAACUUUCUUCAUAACUUAUAUUAUGGUUGAUGGAUGGGCUGGCAUUGCUGGGGAGAUUUUGAUGUUGAAGCCCCUAGUAAUGUUCCACUUAAAGAACUUUUUCUUAGUAAAGACUGAGAAGGACAGGGAAGAGGCAAUGGAUCCAGGAAGUCUUGGUUUCAACACAGGAGAACCUCGAAUACAGUUGUAUUUUCUAUUAGGCCUUGUAUAUGCAACCGUGACGCCUCUUCUCCUUCCUUUCAUCAUAGUCUUCUUUGCCUUCAGCUUUGUUGUAUUCCGCCAUCAGAUCAUAAAUGUUUACAACCAAGAAUAUGAGAGUGCUGCAGCAUUCUGGCCUGAUGUCCAUGGGCGCAUCAUUUCUGCAUUGAUUUUCUCACAGGUGGUUCUAAUGGGAUUACUAAGUACAAAGAAAGCUGCCCAAUCAACCCCAUUUCUAAUUGCACUUCCAGUAAUCACCAUAGCAUUCCACCGUUACUGUAAAGGCCGUUAUGAACCUGCAUUUCUCCGAUAUCCCAUACAGGAAGCAAUGAUGAAGGAUACUUUGGAACGUGCGAGGGAGCCAAAUCUGAAUUUGAAAGGCUACUUGCAAAGUGCAUAUGCCCAUCCAGUUUUCAAGGAAAGUGAAGAAGACGAUGACGAAGCCGAGUCGAACCAAGCGUUUGAAACAGAGAGUGUGUUGGUAGCGACAAAGCGCCAGUCGAGAAGGAACACUCCGUUGCCGAGCAAAGCCAGUGCUCCUACCUCUCCAUCUUUGCCCGAGGUUCGGAGAGACAACCAACAACCUUGAAAAACGUAUCCAAGGUAUAUAGGAUUCACAUCUCUCUGUACAUUUUACUUCUAUAAAUAUAAUGUGUUUCUGUUGUGGAGAAAUGAGGUUGUAAAUUAAUGAGAACUGUCAUUAUGCUGAGCAUUCUAUAAUUUUUUGAUUUAGUUUGUUUCUUAAUAUCAAAGAUUAUUAUCUCUUAUUCUCAACCAUUGGAAUUUGGAGCC